AAGCGUUAGUUCUCAGGUACCUGUACCGUGGGUAAUUUUCAUACAUUUAACUAGCAUUAUCUUAUGGACAUAACUAGAAGAGGACUUCAUAAAAGGUUAACACUCAAGCACCUUUUCUGUAAAACAAUAUUAUAAUGGAUUUGAACUGCUGGUGCUCUGUGCUUUGUUGCUUGAGUUUUCUGUUAUCAAGAACAGAUGGGAAUUGUGCGGGUAAUCUUAACAUCGGAGAGGCUAAAAUACCAAAAGGAAUGGAUUUGGCGACUUACAAAAAUACGGAAAGACGAGAGCGGAUUAAAGCAGUAAUUGAAAAUAUUCGUACUCGUAGUAAAAAGCUGAAGAAGAAAGCUCUGGUGCCUGCUACUAAAAAAGUCAGUGAGCCAAAAGAAAAGGAAAAAAUGGAUGCUGCAGGACAGGAAAAGAGAAAACAGAAACCUAACGGCCGUCAUACUAUGUACAAGCUACAUAUCGGAUGGCGCCAUUACUGUCAAGGUGACUUUAGACAAAUUACAUCAAGACGAGAUGGGGGCAUUCGGAAGAUGGAAUAUAAUAUAACGGAGCCUCAGUCAGUGGAAUCAAUAAUUGAAGUCGGCAAACGUUUAUUUUUUCCGAAUGGAAGAAAUUCUUUUGGAAAUUUAAAUGAUAUGGAAGUGAAUUUAACUAAUUACAGCGGUGAGAAAAUUGAACGCUUCUGCAAUAUAGAUGAACAACCGUGUACAUUUCAAGAAUUUUUGAAGUCAACAGGAAGGUACUCGUCUCAAUUCCAUGUUUAUCUUUCGACGAAAAGCAUUACCUAUGAUAAAAUAAAGCCACUGGAAGAAACAAGUGAAACGAGUUAUCUUGCCAACAGGAAGACAAUACAAGGACUGCAUGUACAGUAUACUAAGAAUGAAACAUCAGAAUAUUCAGGAGACACCUCAAUUAUCACAUGUCAUAGCACAAAACAAUGCAGGGAAUUAUCAGGUAUUCCUGAUGACAUAGACGAUUACGACCCUCUUGAAGAUGGUUAUAAUGUAACGUAUCUGGCUGUAAAUGAUAAGGUUUACAUGGAGCGAACUUCGUCUGGCCUCAGUUUUCCACAAGACGUCGCUGGACAAGACAGUGCAUAUAUAUUUCAUGGACCUAAUGAGAUAUGUGGAAUGAAUGAAGGCAAAGUUGUUUUAGGCGUAGUAACAAACUGUUCUGAAAACGUUAAUUACACAUGGUAUAAGGAUCAAAGCAUAUAUGCAGCAGGGAUUAAUCUCAUGUUGAUACAUACAAAUGACACUGGUGUCUAUAAUGUAAAAGGCGAAACGUUGUACACCUUUGAAGAGAGUGUUGAAAUAGCUUUGCCCGCAACUACAGAUAGAUAUGACAUGGAUAUGCGAAUCGACAGCGAGGUUACUGAAAAUCUGAACACCACACACUUUGGCAUAACUGCUGAUUUGAAAGAUUGCGUUUCUAAUACAGCAGCUACAGAUUCUAGCCUAGACAUGGUUAAACAAACGUUUAUUGAAACAAGUGAUUUGGGUGAAAAUGAUGGUAAAGGUACACACAGUUUAACAACAACAACUUUUAUCUGUGACAAAGAUGGCACAUGUGCAAAUGCUGUAUCAGCAGCUUGUGAAACAAGUGUAUUCUGUGAAAAAGACGGCAUAGGUGCAAACGCUGUUUCAACAUUUCUUGAAACAAGUGUAAUCCAUGAAAGAGAUGCCACAGGUGCAAACGCUGUUCUUACAUUUCCUGAAACAAGUGUAAUCCAUGAAAAAGAUGGCACAGGGGCAACUGCUAUUCCAACAAUUCCUGAAACAAUUCCUGAAACAAGUGCAAUGUGUGCAAACAAUGGUACAGGAACAAAUACUAUUUCGACAAUUCCUAAAGUAGAUGUAAUCUGUGAAAAAGAUGGCAAAUGUUCAAAGACUGUUCAGACAAUUCCUGCAACAAGUGUAAUCUUUGAAAAAGAUGGUUCAGAUGCAAACACCGUUUCAACAGGUUAUUUCUGUGAAAAAUAUGGUGCAGCAGUAAACAAAGCACCAACAGUUACCGAAACAAGUAUUUUGAUCGAAAAUGAGUGUACAUGUUCAAAUGCUAUUUCAACAGUUACAGAAACAAGUUUUUUGGGUGAUGUUACAACUGAAUUCUUAGAUAUUUCAACAGGAUUUGUGGAUUCUGUGGAAACCAGACUGGACAAGGAUGAAAAUGAAAAUGAUAUUAAAGCUAAGCUUACUGGAAAAAACUCAAGAAAGAGUAUGGGUUCUUCUGAUAAUUUAGUUGCAGAGCAACCACCAGUUAAAAAAGGGUUUACACAGUUGGAUGCUAAUACUGACAACUUAAAUGUAAGGUUUGGAGACUUCAAAUUAUUGGAAAAAAUAGGGGAGGGUGGUUUUGGUGAGGUUUACAAAGGUGAAUAUUUGGGAACAGAUAUUGCAGUGAAGAAAGUUAAGAUAAAACGCAUGAAAGUUGUGAAACAGUCAGUGUUGCAAGAAGUUGUCACAAACAGUCAUCUUAGGCAUCCAAACAUUGUUCUACUGAUGGGUUACUCGAUCAAUACUGACUGUCUCUAUCUUGUCACAGAGUUCAUUGCAGGUCCAAAUUUGGAUGAUGUGCUUUUUGCUGACAAUGAGUACGAAUUUACUGUGCCUCAAAAACAUGCAGUGGCAUUGCAAGUAUGUCAGGGUGUAGCAUAUUUACAUAAUCAUAAUCCAAUAGUUAUUCACAGAGACAUUAAGCCUGAAAACAUUUUGCUGACGAGAAAUUUGGAAACGGCAAAACUUUGUGACAUGGGAUUGUCUAAGGUGAAGGUAAUGAAUACCAUGACCAAAACAGUUGCAGAUCGCAGAGAGACACAGCCAGGAACUCCAGCUUAUCAAGCUCCAGAGAUUCUUCUGCGAGCUAGGAGAGGCAGAACACAAGCAGAUGUUUGGAGCCUCUGUUGUUCAUUAGUUGAGCUCUUUACUGCCAAAACCAUAUGGGACUUGACCAGUGAGGAUGAUGAAAAUGACGACUCUGUCCAGGUUAUAAUCCGGGCAAUGCAAAGAAAGGAUAUGCCACAUGGGUUAAGUAAUUUAGACAGGGAGCAUACCCUUUCAGUGCAGCUGAAGGCUGUUAUUCAGAAGGGCUUAUCAUACCAGAUUGAGGACAGACCGACAGCAUUAGACUUUGUAGUUGCGCUAAAACAUGAACUUUAAAGAAAUGUGAUGAGCAGCUCAGGACCAUCAUGGCCCUCUUUAUCAGAUUGACGAUUGUUUAGAAUGCCCUGUGCAAUUAGUAAUGUACAUGUAGCCUCAUUUGGCUAUUAUAUUGGAGGUUAUUUUCCCUAACACACCUCAUAUAUCGCAUAAUACUGGUAAGGAUUUAUAUAGAUCUUUGUGUUUUGUGUUAAAGAUAAUUAACGUUUGAGACAAGUGACCUUUAUGUUAUUCAGUAGAAAGACAAAAGGGUCCAUUUUCUCAUGACGGCAGGUAUUUGUUAAAAUGAGGUUUCACACAAUCCGUUUACACAAAGUUAUAUCUUUUAACAUUAUAGAUCUGAUUUAAAGUGCACUUGUUACAUUUGCACACAGUGUAAAACAAGACCAGUUGGCUCUUAUAGGAGCCCUUUGAUUCAGGUAUACAGUGUUUGAAAUGUUACCGUUAAAAUCGUUAAAAUACAUGUAUACAUAGAAAUCGUUAAAAUACAUGUAUACAAAAUACAACAGUAGACUUGUUCAUUAGUUUGUUGCAGAUAAAUAAAAAGGACCAUUAAAAGUUCAUAAAAGUUAUUACGAGUUAUAUCCAUACAUACCUUAGAGACAACCU